AUGGUAUUGUUGCGGAAUGAAAACACACCACCAAUGCACUGGCGUCUAGGAAGAGUUGUCGCCGUAUAUCCAGGAAAGGAUGGAUUAAUAAGGGUCAUAGAUGUAAAAACAUCGAAUGGAGUUCUUCAACGCAGUCUGCCCAAAAUAUGGUGUAUUGAUUGUACCCAUAUACGCAUUGCAAAUCCUGGACGGAAUUAUGGAGAAGUAUUUCGGAAUAGAAAAGGAUGGUUUUCUUUAAAUGUACAGGUAUAUUUUUUCAAGUUGGACCCCAACGAAAAAAUUCUUGAUAUUGUUGUCAGGCAUCCAGGUUCAACUCACGAUGCCGUGAUAUUUGAUCGAAGCGGUCUGCGCUGUCGUUUCGAGCUGGAACGCCUGGAUGGAAUUCUACUUGGUGAUAGUGGAUAUGUGUGCCGCAGCUAUCUAUUGACACCUGUUUUAAGACCUGAGACAGACGCAGAAGUUCGGUACAAUACUGCGCACAAGAAAACGCGAGUUACCGUCAAACAGUUAUUGGGAUGUUGGAAACAUCGAUUUCCAUGUCUAUAUUAUGGCUUACGCACAAAGUUGAGCACAUCAGUGUCAAUUAUUUGCGCCACCGCCGUUUUGCACAAUGUGUGCAUUAAAUACAAUUUAGGCGAAGUGAUUAAAGAAGAAUUUAAUGAACCUAUAUUUGAGAACAUUGUAAAUCGAGAACAAGAUGGAAUAGGACUUAAUGAAACUCCCGCUGCUGCUCAGAAAUAA